AUGAGGGAACUAGUCUCUCUCUCUCUCUCUCUCUCUCUUAGUGAUGAGAGCAUUUCGAGUAACAAGCGUGUUCAAAUCUAUCUAUCUAUCUAUCUAUCUAUCUAUCUAUCUAUCUAUCUAUCACACCACAUGACGAAUCUUUGUUGGUACAAAUCUCUCUCUCUCUCUCUCUCUCUCUAUCUAUCUAUCUAUCUAUCUAUCUCAGUAUGUCCAUUAUCUCUCUUUCUCUCUAUCUAUGUCAUUCAGUAUGUUAUCUGUCUAUAUCAGCCAUCUAUCUAUCUAUCUAUCUAUCUAUCUAUCUAUCUAUCUAUAAUCUGCCCUGUACAUAUCUAUAUAUCUAUUUCAAUCUGUUCUUUAUCUAUCUAUCUAUCUAUCUAUCUAUCUAUCUAUCUAUCUAUCUAUCUAUCUAUCUAUCUAUCUAUCUGUCAACCCAGUCUGUUUCUACCAAUCAUAAGACGCUGA